UUAACCAUAAGGACGUUCAGAACCAAGUGGUCUCUCGUCUCGUGCAGACGUCUCUUCUCAUUGAAAACGAACGAACGCACAGUUUGAUACAAUUACGUUCGUUAGUCCUAUUAUAUUAUAUUCAUUAAAUUUUCAUACUGUUGAGGGGAAGAAAAAAAAUCGCACAAUAAGCGAAAGUGUUGAUAGUUCCUUCUCGUUUUAUCGAUAUAAAUUUUGAAAAAAAAAAAGAGGAGAAAAUAAAAACCGGUUGGUUUUUAGGAGCAGUGAAGGAAGACAGAGACAGAGCGUGCGCGGCGGCGUCGGAUUUACCUCAAAUUACAGUAGAAAGAAAGGGAGCGGUACAUAACUGUAUCAAAGAGAGAAAAGGGAUACGUAAAAUGGCGGAAGAGAAGACUGAAACUAGCCCAACAGUUGAGGGUGACAAAAAGCCUCAGGAGCCGACCACUCCCACUAAAAUUGAAGAGAAUGAAAAUACUAAGGACAAUAAGGAAGUUGAGGAGAAGAAGAUCGAGGAAAAUGAUGAGGAAAAGCCCAAGGAGAAUGGCGAGGAGAAACAAACUACUGAGACUAAGGACAUGCGUGCCAUCGUUCUCAACGGUUUUGGUGGACUCAAAACUGUCAAGGCCCUUAAGAAACCAGAGCCAAGCAUCGCCGAGGGUGAAGUACUCAUCAGAGUCAAAGCAUGUGGCUUGAACUUCCAAGAUGUGAUGACACGAAGGGGUGUUACCGACUCCACGCCGAAACCGCCGUUUAUCAUGGGUUCCGAGUGUGCCGGUGAUAUUGAGGCAGUCGGCGAAGGAGUCGAAAAUUUCCAAGUUGGUGAUCGUGUGGUGGCACUGCCAGAGCACAAAGCAUGGGCGGAACUUGCUGCAGUUCCAGCAACAUCAGUGUUCAAGAUUCCCGACAACAUGAGCUAUUUGGAUGCUGCAGCGAUUACGAUGAACUACACUGUCGCUCAUAUCCUCCUCUUUGAUGUUGCUUGUCUCACUCCAGGAAAGAGUCUGCUUGUUCACAGCGCUGGAGGUGGAGUUGGUCAAGCUGUCAUCCAACUAGCCAAGACUGUCAAAGAUGUGACGAUUUUCGGUGUCUGCGGAAAACUGAAGCAUGAAGAGCUCAGAGCCCAAAAUACCAUCGAUCAUCUUCUUGAACGUGGAACUGAUUAUUCCAGCGAAGUCAGAAAAAUUUCUCCUGAAGGUGUUGAUAUUGUAUUGGAUUGUCUGUACGGGGAGGAGUGCAACAAGGGCUAUUCUCUGCUGAAACCAAUGGGAAAAUACGUUUUAUACGGAUCAAGUAAUCUCGUGACUGGAGAAACAAAGAGUUUCUUCUCUGUUGCUAAAUCCUGGUGGCAAGUUGAUAAAGUCGCUCCGAUCAAGCUUUUUGAUGAAAAUAAGACAAUCUCAGGUUUCAAUCUUCGUCAUCUGAUGCAUCGUCAAGGAGGGCACGAUUUCGUGAAGAAGGCAAUUGAUCAAGUAUUCGCACUAUGGAAUACAGGGGCUGUUAAGCCUAAAAUUGAUUCUACGUGGGCCUUGGAGGAAGUUACUGAGGCGAUGCAAAGGAUGCACGAUCGAAAGAACAUCGGGAAAAUUGUGCUGGACCCAAGUCUCGAGCCAAAACCUAAGCCAGCUACACCAGCCAAAGGAAAAGGUAAAGAGAAGAAGAAUGCCAGUCAGGAAGAGAAGAAAACAUCGAGUGCCGAGUCUGAGGAGAACAAUGAAAAGAAGAAAGAGCCUGAACUGACUAAUGGAACAUCUGAGGACAAAUCAGAUUGUGAUUCUAAGGAAAAGGAGUCCAGUUGAAUUGACAAUUGAAUUCAAUAAAUUUAAUAUAAUAUACGGACCGAAAAUAGGAGAAAAAAAAGCAAAACACAAUCGCGAUGAAGUCUAGAUAUUAACAUCUUUACAAUUAGUGCAUACUCCUACAGUUCAUCAUUAUAUAAGAGCUAUGUGAAAAUGAGCCUCGGAAAAAAAUCGUCCAUUCAUAUUACGAAUAAAACUGGCCAUGAGUCGAUUUUUUAUGAACGAGGCUAUUAAUUCAUUCGAUUACAAUGGGUGCAAAGGAAGGAAGAAAAUUUUUUCGACUCUCUGACUUAUUUGGCGUAUAGGUAACUUGUGAAAAUGACGUAAUAACGAUGAAAAAUUUCUUCAAUCAAAAAUAAAGGAACAUGAAGUAAUGAGUGAAUGAAUGAAUGGAGUAAAAUCAUCCAAACUAUAUCAAUUUUAACGCGGUCCACAGUAGUUUGCAGUAAAUGGAAAAUGAAUAUUAAUUUUAUUUUUAAUACCUGAUCACCGAAUAUAUGAGUUAAUGUUGCAUAUGGAGACGAGUGAAACGAAUUAUCUAUUUACCACCUGAUGGCGAAAAGAAAAUGGGAUGAAUAAAGGGAUAACAGAAACAAGAAAAAAACAACUGCACAUCUAUUUCUAAUAAUACCGCUAACUGCUACAUAUAAAUUAACUAUAUCAAACAUCUACACACUACAAAGAAAAUUAUAAAUCCUUGCUAAUUGUUAUGUCUGCUCUGUGUAAUGAUUGCUAUCUGCUGCUACUGAAAUGCAAGGCCAUAAUUAGUUUUUACUUAUAAAAUAAACAUUUCUCAGAUGCAAAAAA